UUCUGAAAAUUUGGUUUAGAAUUUUUUAGUAAAAGUAGAUUACAGAUGGAUAACCAACAAAAUCAAGAAAAAACAGAAGUAUUUUCAUGGCUAAGAGGCUUCAAAAAUGGCAAAUGGACUCAAGAAGAGCACUCUCAGUUUAUAAACUGACUAAAAACUCAUGGAAUUAACUGGCCAAUGCUUAAGAAAAUGGUUCCCACUAGAAAGAGGCUUCAGAUAAAAAGACACAUGAGAAGAUAUCUUCAUCUGAUAAAGAAAAAUUACGGUAUUUCAAACCCUUCAGAAUACAUUAAAAACAACAAGUGCGAGAAUUUAAUGUUCAAGAAAGAUAAACCUACUCAGAAUGGCAAGACAAUAGAUCAGCGAAGAGAACACCCAACGAGUCAGGGAGACAAAUUACUCUCAAGUUCAGUAUCCAAAGAGACAGGAAACUCUUCUUCCAGCUUUAAUUCUAAUAACCAAGAUAGUUUUCUUCUCAAAAAGAGAGAUUUAAAGCAUUUACAGAAAAGUUUGGAUGAACUUAACUCCAGCGGAGAUGACUUAUCCAGUAUUCAUAGUCACACAAAAGUGUUUUCAAUUAACAAAGUCAAGAGAGCAAAACAAGAGAUAGUAAAAGAACCAGCAACUGUGACUUCAAGAGCUAAGCUCCUUAAUCAUAAAAGCCAAGAAGUAUCGAAGUCAAAGAUCAUUCUAUCUUUACAUAAAGAUGAAGUUAUUAUUAAAGGAGCAGCUAUUGAAUCAGCUGUUGGUUGUGAUGUAUCGACUACAGCUUCAGGAGAGAUAAGAAUUAGUCCUCAUCAAAAUGUGCUUAUCAACAUUAUGCCUAUCAAAAGUGAAGGCUGGACUGAUAAUCAGCCAAAUACCUCCUCUCAAUUGCCUAUGACAAAUGUGCAGGAAAUGAACUCAGUACAUAUGCCUAUGAAGAAGCCUACCAUAAGCCAAAUGCAGAGGACUAGUAUUCUCACCCAAAAUCAAGAUUAUGACAUAUUGCAUAGACCCCUCAAGUUGUUGAGUUCUUAUUACUGAGAUUGAGAUCCGAUGAUUGGUCUUUGAAGAAGCUUUUAUAUUGCAAGGACAAUAAUAAUAUUUAAUACUCUCCACAGAACCCAUUAA